CGCCAAUGGCGUUGGGUGCGUCACAUGGUUCGCUCCGCCGGCGAUAUUCGAGCUUGACGGCUCGGGAUUGGGCGGAGCGGGGUCAGCGGAAUGGGGUGUUAUGCCCUUGCGAAGUGCAGGCGUGUUGUGUAGCUGGCGAUAGUAGACUUUCACUGAGGUUUCGCAUCGCAGAUUUCUAGGGUUUGAAGAAGGUGAUUGGGUGCGGAGAGCGGUGGAGGCUAUGAUAGUGGGCAGGAGAGUGGUGGUGGUCGUUGGUGAGCGGAGAAGAGAGCUAGCAGCCCGGGAGCUUGUUCGAGAGAGCAUGGCGAGUGGAGAGAUGGAGAGAUGGAGACGGCAAUGGAAGGGAAUUGGAGUAUGUUGCGUGUGUGUUAUAUAUAGUAAACCCUUGCUAAGGUGAGGGAAUAGUGGAUAUGGGAAUUGUGAGGUGGUGUGAGAGAGAGUGUGUGUGUGUGAGUUGAGAGAGAGAGUUGAGUGAGAGCGCAAGUGGUCUGAUAAAUAUGCGGCGGAGUGGUGUGAUGUUGACAAUGCCGAAUCCUGACGCCACAACCGUAGGUCAUAAAUACAACAGGACAAUCACCAACCGUCUCUAUUAUUCAUCGCCUUUUGAAAUUACCACAGGCUGAAUAUCUGUGUUUGUUUAAAACAUAUAUAUGGGUUUUAAAUAAAUAGCCAAAUCUUCAAUUCCUCAUUCUUAUGGCAUUCCUGGUACAAUAGUUCCCACCCGUUACAUGAGCACUGAGUUGAGAUCUUAAACCAGGACAAGUUCCAUAUAAACUCGCGAGGAAUAUAUAUAUAUGUACAUAUGUAUAUCUGCUUGAACGUGCUCCCUGCCUCUUUUGCGUUGCUAUUUCUUCUGAAUAUUAUCCUUGGAAGCCGCCCGAUAGAACUUAAACACCCCAUUCGUGGACAUCCAGAGCUUGCCUUUACACUGCGCCUUCAUGUAUAGACUCGUUCGCCCGAUCUAUGCAUAUGAGCAGACUCUACUUAUCUGCCAACUUUAAGAAUACCUUGCACACUCCCUCCAGUCCCGCCAGCCGCUGUUUCGUCUUCCAUUCCCACAGCAUAACAAUGACCUCCACAAACACGAACACGCAGUGCGGGGCCAGGCCAUCACAGCAGAACCAAAACACCGCUGGCAAGCGCGGUGGCAGCAAGCCACGGCUAACCCAUUUCCUCUGCCUGCCCUUGGUAAACUCAACCUCUAUUCCACAGCUAGUAUCCUCCCUAUCAGAAUUUCGAGAUUCCAUCCCACUCGUACCCCCACCUGUCUCCGCCCGAGUAGCAGCUUCGGCACAGCUCCCUGACACACCCCUUUUCCCUGAUGGAGCACUGAGACCGCUGGGCACUCUGCAUCUGACUCUUGGGGUCAUGAGUCUGCCUACUAAGGAGCGUCUAGAGGAAGCGCUGGCGUUUCUUCAGUCCUUGGACCUUGAGUCGAUGUUGCGAGAAGCAGAGAUCCAGGCGAGGGCUGCAGCAACGAGAGAGGACAGUAUAUCGAAUAAUACUCCUGCUGUUGGUUCAGCACCGCAACCGCUUUUUAUUAAUCUAAUAUCUCUACAUGCCCUUCCCAAGGCCAAAGCUGCCACCAUUCUUCACGCCAAGCCCGUUGACAGCACGUCUCGUCUGUACCCAUUAUGCGUCAGUUUGCGGAAUAAGUUUAUUGAGGCGGGUUUUAUACAGCAGGAGACGAUCAAGCGCUCUCCUAGAUCCAAGAACAAAGCCAGUGAGCUCACCGGUAAGGACAAUGCGGGUGGCGGAUCGGAUUCUCAGGGUUCCACGGGAGACCAUGGGGGCAAUAAUGAUAAUAGCGGUAAUGUCGGCGCAGCCUCGUUGCCAAUUCAAGGAGAAGCAACAGCAGCAUCGUCGGAUGGAAAACGGGUAAAACCACGUCCGCUCCUUCUGCACGCCACGAUUGCAAAUACGGUCUAUCUACCCCGGCGCAAGCAGCGAGGUGCGAAACGCAAGGAAACGCUCAAGUUCGACGCACGGCCGCUUCUGGUGAAAUUUGGCGAUUAUGUACCCCCGACUGUAGAUGUAGAUGUCAGUGAUCAUGAGCCUGCAGAAAGUCAGAGCUGGAACUUAUCGUUAGAGGUUGAAGAGGUUGAGGAGAAGGAAAAGAAAGAGGAGGGGGAAGGGGAAGUAGAGGUAAAAGAGAAAGAUGUACAGGUGCAGAAAGAGAGAAAAGCGCCUUUUGUCUGGGCGAAGGAUAUUCCCAUUGAUCGUGUUUGUAUCUGCGAGAUGGGCGCGAAGCCGGUGCCUGAUGAUGGUGCGAAUGGUGGGCCAUUGUUGGGGGAGGCCUAUGUCAGUGUCGGGGAGAGAAGUUUGGUAUUUGCGCCGCAGAUGAGGGGAGAUGGAGAUGGAGAUGGCGACGGAGAUAAUGGAGACGCGUGCCGAUCGGAGGAUGGGGGUGUUAGUUUAGCUUAGCCGGUGUGGUUCUGGUUCUACGGGAUGAUAUGUGGUGGGAAUAUUCCAAAGGCUUUGUGAAAAAGUUAGAUGUCCGUAUAUGUAGAGGAGCAGGGCUGAGUUGGAAUACCUGAGUAUCAGCCAGAAUAUAUAUGUAUGAAUCAAUUGUUUAUAAAUGGCUACAAAACAUUGUCAAUAAAAAGCAACCUAGAGCGCCUAUUCCAAUCCGUUGGUAUACCGUAAGAUAGCUUUAGAAGACACAAAAUGCGAAAGAAAAGAAGGGAAAAAAGAUUCCACGGAAUUUAUACACCGUGCAACGGAAUAGGGCCACCAUUUUGCCCCUUUGAAAGGAUAACAAGAAGUAAAAAGAAUAAAAAUGAUAAAUGAUAAAAGCAAUAAAAAUGGGCAGUCUUU